AAAUAUUAUUGCUAUUAUAACACUAUUUUAUAAUAGAAAUGAAGAAAGGAAUUCUAUUUCUCCUUGUAGUUAUGCUGUUCUGCAGUUACAGACAAGUAGCAGCAUUAGAAGAACCAAUUCUUGGUGCCAAACCAGGGAAUAUCCAAGGCUCUUUCUUGGUCUCUUCUUUGGAUAACAUCGCACAGUUUGCAGUUCCUAUUGCCGGAUAUUAUCUAUGGGGAGGAGGAACUGGAGAACCUAUAGCGAUUAACUUUAGUUAUAUCGGAAUUGGAUUCACGGUUCAAGUAAGAACCCUGAAAUUUAAAACUAUUGAUCCUCUCACCCAAGGAAGUCUGAAAUGGCAUGGGGACAGCGGAAUCAACCUAACAAUUACAAAUAUUACUUGUGAUGCCCAUGUUGACGUAAGAGUUUGGCUCUUAUAUAUUUUCCCAAUGUGGGGACUUAGAAUCAGGUUUAGCGAUCUUAAUGUUACUGCUCUUGUAGACCUUUCUGAAAAAUAUAAUCGGUUCCCUCAAAUCGACCUCGACUUAGGGCUUGAUUAUAAAAAGUUUGACUGGAACUUCUUUAUUGUUGGAUGGAUCGUCAAAAUAUUCUUAUCAAGUGACAAACUUUUAUCCCUUGUGUUGAAGGCCAUACCUGGAGCUAUAACUAGUCUCAAUGGAAUGCUCAAUAGCAAUAACCCAGAUCAGUUUCUUGUUAAUAUUAUGCAAGAUUUAUCAGCAAACGUUGGGCCAUCAAUGCCAAUAGUCACCGAUAAAGAAAACGACCUAAUCUGGUUUGGUCUGGAUGGUAGGAUCUAUAACUCAACAAUUGAAACCUAUUCAAAUGAGAUAAGCCAAGUUCAACAAGAGAGGUUCCCAAGAGCCCAUUCAAACCAGUUCUUUGUUCAUCAAAGCACUAUCCAAGCUGCUGCAAGAUCAUUGUCUAAGCUCUAUCUGCCAAUUAGUUUGGAAGAUCCUUCUUUCAAUCAACUUCUUGGGAUUUAUAUCCCAGAGUUAUUUGAAAAGUACGGAUCAAAGGGUAGCUUCAAAAUAGAGGCUGAUAUCAACCAUGACUUCGACCUCAAUCUCUCUAUUGAGCACGGAAUCAGCUUAACUAACAUUGGUGCAGGAAUCACCAUUUACGGAAAGAAGAGCGGCUUGUUCUCAAAGUAUGAAAAGGCAGUCACAUUCUCCAUGAAUGUCGACAUCGAAGACGUUGAUGUUCAUAUCCAAGAGCUUGUUGUUCAUACUAACAUUGGAAAGGCUAAGGUUACCAACUCUUUCCUUACAAGUAGCUCGAUUGGAAAUAUUGUUAGGAACAAUUGGGAUCAGUUCUUCGAGUCACUGAUUAACUUUAAGACAAAUGAGGUUAAUGUGAACAACAAAGAAUUCGAUAUUAAGAAGCUUGACCAACAGAUCGAGCUCUCUUCAGGACAGAUUCCCAACUCAACUGUUGCAUUUAACUACAGAGAUGAGUACAUGUACUUGGGAAUCAGAUUCUUCAGUGAUGACUAAUUCUUUUUAUUCCCUACAAAUUUGGUCAAUAAUUUUUGCA